GUAAUAAUGAAAAAUCACACAAUUACAACAUUUAUUUUGUUGGGACUUACAGAGGAUCCAAAGCUCCAAGUUCUGGUUUUUGUCUUUUUAUUUCUGACAUACAUUCUGAGCAUAACUGCAAACAUGACCAUUAUCAUUCUUACACUUAUGGAUGUUCAUCUUAAAACACCUAUGUAUUUUUUUCUUCGAAAUUACUCCUUCUUAGAAAUCUCAUUCACAACAGUCUGUAUUCCCAGAUUCCUGUACAGUUUAUCAACUGGAGACAAUACCAUUACUUAUAAUGCUUGUGCCAGUCAAAUAUUCUUUUUUGGACUCUUUGGAGCCACUGACUUUUUUCUCCUCACUGCCAUGUCCUACGACCGCUAUGUGGCCAUCUGCAAACCCCUGCACUACCUGACCAUCAUGAACAACAGAGCCUGUACCAUCCUUGUCCUUUGCUGCUGGAUCUCUGGGUUGGUGGUCAUCAUCACACCACUUGGCAUGGGCCUCCAGCUGGAAUUCUGUGACUCCAAUGCCAUUGAUCAUUUUGGCUGUAAGGAAGCUCCCCUUUUUAAGAUCUCAUGCUCAGAUACAUGGUUUAUAGAGCAGGCUGUUAUAAUUUGUGCAGUGUUGACAUUCAUUAUCACACUAAUAGGUGUGAUUUUGUCUUAUAUAUGUAUCAUCAGAACAAUUCUAAGAUUUCCCUCCACUCAGCAAAGAAAAAAAGCUUUUUCCACUUGUUCUUCUCACAUGAUUGUUGUUUCAAUGACUUAUGGCAGCUGUAUUUUCAUCUAUAUCAAACCUUCAGCCAAAGAUGAGGUGGGUGUUAAUAAAGGGGUAUCUUUGCUCGCUACAUCUGUUGCUCCCUUGUUGAACCCCUUCAUUUAUACCUUGAGGAACAAGCAAGUGAAACAAGCUUUCAAAGACACCAUCAAAAGAAUUACAUUUCUUGCCCACAAGUAA